GCUGAUUGAUAUUCCGAAGGUCAGAGGUUUGUGAUGGAACUAUCAUCGCAGAAGCCACAGGCCUUGUGGCCACGCAUGAUUCUCGAGCAUGGAGUCUCAUGGCAAAGCGAAGAAGCCGAAACCAGUUGAUGGGAGGGCGGAGGCGCAAUAGCGCGAGAGCCAAAUGGGCCAUUGCAGCUGCUGGUUGUGUUUGGGUACGCCCUUGGUCGCCGGUGGCAUUCUCCAUGGCGGAGACCCAUUGUGGAGCACCACGAAGGCAUGCUCCAAACGACCUGGUGUGUCGAGGCAGAGCUCGUGAUGCAAUUUGUGGUGACAAAAGACCAGGACGCUGGGUGGGAGCUGGAUUCGUAGCCCUGGGUGUUUUUGGCUUCUUUGAGGGUGAUGAUGCCCAUGGCGACUCCAAGAGGCAGUCCAAAGGAUCCUUGAACCGGGGGCGCCGGCGCAAGAAUGAUCCUGAUGAUGCUUUAAAACGCCUCCUGUUGGAGGGUCCUGCGGAAGAUGAUUCGAUUAGGAGGACCAUCUCCGAUUGGUGGGAGAACCUGCCCCUCGUUGGCCAGUCGGAGUCAAGGAGGAAGCGGAGACAGAGAGAAGAGGUUCCCGAGCAUGGAGAAGCUGAUUCCAUUCGAAGGAGUAUCUCUGAGUGGUUUGAAAACCUCUCCUUACCUGGUCAGUCCGACUCAAAAAGAAAACGGAGAAGGGAACAUGACGAGGAGCAGAGCCCAGCAUCUGGUGAAGAUGCUGAAUCAGGCAUUUUUAACAUCCUCGCGUCUGUGAAGACCUCGGUGGUGGCUGCAGUGAUGGGCACAGGCCGUGCAGAGGAGAACAAAGCGCAAGAAGAAGCAAAGAAGGAGCCAAAGGAGUCCCUUGCACAGUUCUUGCCGGAGUUUCCAGCACCUACAGGCCUUUUUAGUCAGGAAAAUAGCGAUCCUGACACCAGUGAAGCGAAGGUAGCGAGCACGGAAAAGGAGGAGGAGUCAGAGGACUGGUGGCAAAAUGCCCAAGCGGCCCUUGGAAUGACUCAAAAAGAUGAAGAACCUGAGCAAGCAAAGCUGGAAGAAGAGCAGCCAGUGGAGGAGGAAAAAACCAUAAAAGAAGAAGAAACGCCUGCAGAGGAAGAAGAGAUUGUGGCAACAUCAGAAGCGCUGGAGGAAGAGGAGGAAAAGCAAGUGGAGCAGAAAGAAGAAGAAGAAGUCAAGGCAGAGGAAAGUGAGGAAGCGCCAGCGGAGGAGCAACAAGAGGAACGCCCACCACCUGAAGCGCCAGGCAUGGAGGAUGCCAACCUCAUCGUGCGUGUCGACAUUGAACCGAAGAGACAAAAAGUGUCCAAAGGAGCAAAGGCUAUAGAGAACCUCAUGUCCAGACCUGACCGCGAAGUUCUCGAGGCCAUGGCUCAGGAAGGAUGGGAGGUGGAAGUAGUUGAUGAGUCCAAAGGUUUGUACAUGUUGUCGCUGCCGCCAGUCCUCUAUGAGGUAAUGGGCACAAGUGUUUCCAUUCCAGCCCCACGCUUCCCAGAGGGAGAACAUCCAAAUUUAAGGAGCGACUGGAGGGAGACCUGGUUUUGCAGAAUGGCGAAGGAAUCUUCACCCUUCAGCUGGGUUUUCCCUUUAGGACCAAGCUCUGCAUUUCUGCUGCUGGCUGGACGAGGGCCAAAGUGGGCUCCGAAGGCGAUGAAAUUCUCUCAUCCAACUUCGUAGAGGUCGGCAUCCAGCUUCCCAAGGUUCCUGGCCUGACCAACAUCAUGGAGUACUUUGUGAAGAAUUACGGCACACAGUCUACGCAAGAAUGCACUGAUGCUUUGGCAAGAGCAGCAGAGCGACUGCCAGAGACACCCUUGCAGAGCAUCGAAGACACAAUGAAGGAGUUUUUAAAGCCCUUGACCGAUCCAGAAGGGAAGGAGAAAAAGCUCGUAGAGAGCAGGCCUGGAAGGCCGCCAACCUGAGCCAAGUUUGUCUGUUGGAGGUUUUGGGCGCACAUCGGGUUUCACCACUUUCAUUUAAUUUUCUAAAAAGGCAUAUCAAGGCAUAAUUGUUUAAAUGUGCCUCGAAAUGUCAAGAUAGAGUAGUGGUCUUUCGCUGCGGCGAUGCUUUGCUUGAGCCGCUGGAGAAGGAUCUGAAAAA